GAUUUUCACUCUAGGCAUAUCGCAUGAGGCCUUCAAUUAUUUUCUUUGAUGAGAUUGAUGGUCUUGCUCCAGUCCGGUCCAGUAAACAAGACCAGAUUCAUAGCUCCAUCGUAUCAACGCUUCUGGCACUCAUGGAUGGGUUGGACAGCAGAGGGGAGGUGGUUGUCAUUGGUGCCACCAACAGACUGGAUGCCAUCGAUCCAGCGUUACGAAGACCUGGACGCUUUGACCGAGAAUUCUUCUUUGGCCUCCCAAAUAAAGAGGUCAGAAAGUAAAUACAACCUUAAUGCUAAUGUGACAAAGUCCGAUUUCAUAGCAAAAAGUUGUGCAGAUUGGAUGAAAGGCUGAUA